AUGUCAGUACAAUGGGAUCCUUAUAAUAGCACGGUGUUUCAGAUAUCAAUACCAAAUCAACUUUUUCUACAGCAAAAGCGUUUCAGAGGCAAAAUAAACAUACAAAAGCCUAAACCACCGCAUUAUACUAAAGCACUUUUUCAAGAAUUUCUUUCACCGUUUUAUGAAAAUCCAAAGAAAGAUAAAACUUUAUCAGAUUUAUGUACCAAAACUAAAAAAAUUACGAAGGAUAAAUAUAAUCCUUAUCAUCAUGUUUUGGCACGAGAAGUUUUAAAUUGGUUUGAUAGUUCAAAAAUGAUAGCUUUUCUUCAUAAAAAUUCUAUAACUCAAGAAGAAGUAUUCGAAUUAGCUGUUCCAUUGAAAAGAAAGAAUAUGUAUUUGAAGACAUAUGGAUCUACUAUAUUAGAUUUGGCUUUAAAAGAUACAACGUAUAAAGCUAUAAGUUUAUUAUACCAAUCACCCUUUUUUAUAAUAUUCAGUCCAGAAAACAAUGUAAUCAAUCUUUUGAAGAUACUUAGAAAGUUCUCUAAAGUUACUUUAAUUGCUGGGAUAUUAGAAGGAAAGCUUCUGAACGUUAAUGAUUUUAAAUAUUAUGGUGAAAUGGAUCUUACUACUGCGCAACUAUCAUUAGUCCAAGUAUUGCAAAGUGCAGGUGGUAAUAACUUAAAUCAACAAAUUACUCAUCAUCAAUCCGCGUUGAUUAGUCGAUUGCAACAAAUCGGUACAAGGGAUGUACCUUUGAAUGAGAAUUAA